UAAGUGGCAGAAUUAACCAGAGGUAGAUUUAAAAGAAAAAGUUUGAAGCAGAGAAAAUAAAACUGCCCGAAGAGUUUAGCUAAAUGUUCAUUUUGGUGUCGAUAUGAGAGUCCGUGUCGGAUAUGGGCGGGUUGUGUCAACUACGGCUCUGGCUGCAGUGUGAAGUUGGUAAAUACGCUUUGACCUCGUGGAGGAGAAACAAACUGGAUUAAACGCGGCCAGCAGCUGCGGCGGGAGGACGGGGACGAGGCGUAAAUAACCGGUAACUCCUGCUGCUGGCAAACCGACUCCCGGGAAGGAGAAGGGACUCAUUAAACUGCCGUUAUAUCUAAGUAAAGUGGCUCUGGUUUGACCUCUCUUCGUCUGAAAGCAGCAGCAGAGACUCUGCGCCACAGCUGCUAUCCAUCAUGGCGGGAGAUAUGAUGCUGCUGAUGCGAGGAUUAGCGAAGCUGAGUCAGGCGGUCGCUGAGACUCAAAGUAACACCCUGCGCUCUGGAGCAGGAGUCCAAGGAGUCGGUGCUGCUGUCCAAAGUGUCCAAUCUGCUGCAGAACAAGGCCUUUCUGCAGCCAUGAUGAAGAUACAGGAGAUGUCCGGUCAGCAGCAAACCUCCUCAUCGGAGUCAGAUUUUGACUUUCCUCAGGACGACGCUGCGUUCAUGGCUUCAGAGUUCAAGGAGGACGGAUCGGAUUAUAAUGUGGAUCAUUCAGGAGGCGGCGAGGACGCGGUGGCGGCGGCGUCGAGUCACGUUGGUGGGAAACAAUCAGUGUUUGACGGAUACAAAGAUCCAAGCAAACAGUUCAAUGGACAAACCAGAACGUACCACCAAGACGCCAGACACUUCAUCGGACACCAUCACCUCUACAGCCACAGACUGAACAGACAUGUGUGGACUCAGCAUUACUGUCAGCAGCUCAGGAGCUACCAUCAGGACCCGUCCAGCGUCGGAGGACUCACCGCAGAGGACAUAGAAAAAGCCCGACAGAGCAAAAGGCCUGAGAUGAAGCCACACAAACAGAUGCUGAGUGAAAGAGCCAGAGAGAGGAAAGUGCCGGUGACUCGACUCGGCAGACUCGCCAACUUUGGAGGUUUAGCUGUAGGUUUGGGAAUCGGAGCUUUGGCAGAAGUCGCCAAGAAAACCAUCAGACACAACGGAGCUGCAGGCGAGAAUAAAAAAGCAGUUCUGGACUCGAGCCCUUUUCUGUCCGAAGCCAACGCUGAACGCAUCGUCAGGACUUUGUGCAAAGUCCGAGGAGCUGCACUGAAACUGGGACAGAUGCUCAGUAUUCAAGAUGAUGCUUUCAUCAACCCUCAACUCGCUAAGAUCUUCGAUCGCGUCAGACAGAGCGCCGACUUCAUGCCCAUCAAACAAAUGACAAAAGCUCUGAACAGCGAUCUGGGCCCAAACUGGAGGGACAAACUGGAAUCCUUCGAGGAGCGUCCGUUUGCAGCAGCGUCCAUCGGUCAAGUUCACCUGGCGAGGAUGAAGGACGGCAGGGAGGUGGCCAUGAAAAUACAGUAUCCUGGAGUCGCUCAGAGCAUCAACAGUGACGUCAACAACCUGAUGACUGUUCUGAACAUGAGCAACGCUCUGCCCGAAGGCUUGUUUCCAGAACAUCUCAUAGACGUGAUGAGGAAAGAGCUGGCGCUGGAGUGUGACUACAUCAGAGAAGCUCAGUGUGCAAAGAAGUUCAGGGAGCUGCUGAAGGAUCAUCCCUUCUUCUACGUGCCGGAGGUGAUCGAGGAGCUGAGCAGCAGCCACGUUCUCACCACCGAGCUGGUCCCAGGGUUUCCUCUGGACCAGGCCGAGAGUCUGACGCAGGAGCUGAAGAACGAGAUCUGCCAGAACAUCCUGAUGUUGUGCCUCAGAGAACUGUUUGAGUUCAGAUACAUGCAGACUGACCCCAACUGGUCCAACUUCUUCUACGAUCCACAGACACACAGGGUGGCGCUGUUGGACUUUGGAGCCACAAGAGGAUUUGAUAAAAGCUUCACUGAUGUCUACAUAGAAAUAAUCCGUUCGGCUGCUGAAGGCAACAGAGAAGGAGUUCUGAAGAAAUCCAUCGAGAUGAAAUUCCUGACCGGCUACGAGUCCAAGGCGAUGAUAAACGCCCACGUGGACGCCGUGAUGAUUCUCGGCGAAGCCUUCGCCUCCACGGAAUCCUUUGACUUCGGCUCCCAGUCGACCACCGAGCGGAUCCACAACCUGAUCCCAGUGAUGCUCAAACACCGACUCACGCCGCCGCCGGAGGAAACGUACUCGCUGCACCGCAAGAUGGGCGGAUCCUUCCUCAUCUGCUCGCGGCUCAACGCCAAGCUGCAGUGCAAUGACAUGUUCCAGUCGGCCUAUCAGAAGUACUGGGAGGGACGCACGCCGCCGUCAGCCUGAGCCAAUCGGAGGCCGCCGUUGUGGUGGACGGAGCAGCAGUCGAUGGUGUGGAGCGGAGGCCGUGUUACCUGAGUGUCUUUCCUGUUCUGUGGUUUUGAAAGACCUUUAUACGUAAUUACAGGCGCCGUUAUUUGGUUUGGAGGAGGGAGCAGCAGCACAUCUGCACCGUUUGAGGCCAAACAUCUGUGUGGAGGACGGAUGGAAAAAGGAAAAGAGGAACCAUUGUGUUUAAAAUGAAUGUAAAAAGGUUGGAAUUUUAUCUCUGCUAUGAUGAUUUUUUCUUGCAUUUUGUGUUGCUGUGUUUUGUUGAACUUUGGAAUAAUCACACCAACUGUCCAGUUUAUCAUCAACAAUAAAUUUAGUUAGUGACAAUUUCCGACUUAUAACAAAUAGUACACCAAAAAUCCAUAAAUACUGGGAUUAAAGGAGAAUUCUGGUUUAUUUCUA